GGAUCUGGCAACCCUGGUUGUAUCCGUGGAGGUGGCGGGAAGUGUGGAGUAACAACACCACCACUCACCAUCACCAGCACUCACCAUCACCAUCACCAUCCUCAAUACUACUCUCUAUGCUCUGGCUGGCCUGCAACACCUCGUUAUUAUUAGACUGAGUUAGCAUCACCAAUCACGCAAAUGUCUCGAAUUGAGAAGUUGGCCAUCCAGGGCAUACGAAGUUUUGGUCAAGAUGAAGAAAGAAAAAUUGCUUUCUUUUCUCCACUUACUCUCAUCCUUGGCCAGAAUGGUUGUGGAAAGACUACAAUAAUCGAGUCAUUGAAAUAUAUAUCAACGGGAGAAGUGCCACCAGGUUGUGGACGAGGAGGUUCCUUUGUCCAUGACCCAAAAUUGGCUAGGGAAACGUCGGUACGUGGGCAAAUUAAACUACUUUUUCGGGAUACUCGAGGACGGCAGAUGGUGACAACUCGAUCACUGGAAGCUACACAGAAAGCAAAGAAGUUAGAAUGCAAAACUUUAGAUGCUACCAUUUCGAGAAAGGAACCUGAUGGCACAUGCAAUACUAUAUCAAGUAAAUGUGCUGACUUUGAGGCUAUGAUGACUUCAUCCUUAGGUGUUUCUAAAGCCAUUCUGAAUAAUGUAAUAUUUUGUCACCAAGAAGAUUCAAAUUGGCCACUAGACGAGGGGAAAAAGGUGAAAGAAAGGUUUGAUGCCAUAUUCAAUGCUACAAAAUACAUCAAAUGCCUGGAGACUAUUCGAAAACUACGUACAGAAAUGAAAGUCAAGGUAAAACAUUUGCAAGAGAUCCUGGUUGAGCUAAAGAAAAUGAAGGAUGAAGCAAAUCGCAAACGUACUGACCUGAAAUCUUCUGAAGACAAGCAAAAGAAUAUCAAAGUUGAGAAACAAGGCUUGACUUCAGAAUUGGAGCCAGUAAUACUCCGUCUCAAGCAAAUUUCUUCCUUAGAGGGUGAUAUAGGACGUAUAAGAGAAGAACUCAGUGGUAAACAGCAUCAGCUGGAAUCCUUAAGAAAAACUCAGGAAGAACUAAAAGCAACAUUAACAGAACAACUAUUGUGUUCUGAUGAGGAAUUGUACCGCAUGAUCCAGGACUUUCAACAAGAACUUGAGCAGAAAGAAACAGAUCAAAGACGGUUAGAUUCUCGAGUUUAUGAACUGGAGCGGGAAGUGCAGAAAAAUCAGGAGGAAGUUGCAAAAGCUGUGAGGAGGCAAGGAGAGCUGGAAGCUGCCCACAACAGACACACGAGUCACAUUGAUUCACGAAAUAAGAAGAUUACAGAUAUAGUUGAAGAGUUUACAAUUUCUGAUUUCAUUGGCAUCCAGAAUUUUAAGGAUGAUCAAGCAGACUCUGUGUUAUCUCGACUGUUAACAAUUAUUGAGGAUGAACGUAGAGUUAUUAUGGCUAAAAAAGAAGACUUUGAAAUGGAAGAAGCCAAAAUUCAAUCUGAAAUUGAUGGCCUAAGGUCUAAAGAAGCUGCUUUAGAUCAUGAAAUUAAAAGCAAAGGCGCACAGUUUGAGGAAGUAGGAAGGAAGAUAAGGCAAGUCAAGCAAACCCUCUUACGCAAUGAAAGUGAACUCUCCAUGAACAAUCUCGAUGAAAUCAAAGCUGAAUUGGCACAGGUUGAGGAAAUGAUUAUUAUUGAAGACGGAAAGCUUGAUGUACCUAUGGUACAAGAAGAGAUUGAUGCUGGGAAGAAAUCAAGGCGUGAAAUAGAGUAUAAACUUGAUGAUGUCAAACGCAUUUUGCAAAGAAUGAACCGUCAGGCUGAAGCUCGUUCGAAGUACGACAUCCACAUAAAAGAGAAAAAAGACCUUGAAAAUAAAGUUGAAUAUUUGAAACGUAAACAUGCUGAUGAACUAGAGCAUCUUCUUGGUGAGAUUCCUGAAGACAACUUAAAAAAUAGAGUGGAUGCUUGCACAGCUAAUUUGAUGAGCCGUGUAUCAGAGCUACGGAGAGAUAUGGAAAGAUUAAACAGAAGAAAGACACAGCUUGACACCAGCAUCAAAGGUCAUAAGCAGCAGAUUGAGAGAAAAGAAAAGGAUAUUAAAGAUUUGGAGACAAAGAUUGACAACAUGUGUCAAGGAAAAGACCUGGAUACUGCCUUGGAAAAGUCAAAGAAAGUUAAAGAAGAUUUAACUCGCGAGCGGGGAGAUUUGUCAAGCUCCAUAACAGUGCUCAGUCGAUUCACAGAUAAACUUAAACAACGUGACUGUUGUCCUUUGUGUCACAGAGAUUUUUCUACUAGAGAUGAAGUUAAUCAACUUAUUGAAGAGUUGGAAGUUAAAGUAAGCAGUGUUCCAGGUAAGCUGCAAUGUGUGAAGGAGAAACUUGAAGUAGAAGAAACAUUACAUGAACAAAUGAUACAACUUAAGCCGCAGCGAGAUCAAGCCAAUCGUGCACGUGUGGAAUUAGAGAAAAUUCGAAACCAGAUGAAUGACGAAGCAGAUGAAUUAGAAAAAGUUCAUUUAGAUUUAGAGUCGAAGACUGAGAUUUUGGAUAUUACCCUGAGUGAUGAAGAAACUGCGAGACUGAUACAAAGUGAUGUCGUCACCAUAGAUAAUCACUUGCGCAAAGCUAAGCAGCUCAAGGAUCAAAUUGAUGACCUUCAGGCAGCUUUAGGCAGCUCAGAUGGUGGGAUGAGUAUGGAAGAAGCUAUGACUUGUCAAAACCAGUUAGAAGAUGAGUUACGGAAGUCUCAGACAAAAGUUGAAGAUCUGCAAGAUCAGCUACAGGAGCAUAAGGAAAAACUUCAGAGUCUUAAGGAUCGUAAAUUAAGACUUUCUACUCAAGAGUUACAAGUGAAGACCAAACUGCAAGAAUCAGAAAAACUGAAAGAGGAAAUUUCAAGACUAGAAGUGGAUCGAAGCCGUCUUAAAGAAGACCGUGAACUGGCACAAGCAGAGGUGGCACCGUAUAAGUAUCAGGUAACCAGUAAAUUGGAUGAGAAAACCAAAAUCAUACAACAAAAGGAGGCAUGGAUUGAGACACAAAACCAGAAGGUAACUAUGAUUCGUGAGAAGCACAGAUCUGCGAAUGAACUGCAAAAAAGCAUAGUAUCCUAUGUGACUGGUGGCGAAGAACAACGUUUGAGAGACAGUCGUCAGCGAGUAACAUCCAUUCAGACAAAAGUGACUUCUUUAGAAUCAAGCAAAAAAUCACUUGAAGAGCAAAAUCGUAACAUUCAAAAAGAAAUAACUAAUCAAAGAGAAAGAAAACGAAGUCUUGAUGAUCAAAAAAAGAUUCGUGACAAAGAAGUUGAAGCAAAACUCCUAGAGAGAAGUAUUGCCGUUCUAAAUGAACGCAUCCGGGGCUUUAACUAUGAUACUCUCAUUGAUGAAAAGAAUAGUCUUAAUGAAAAAUGGCAUUCACUACAAAACAAAAGAGCAGCAUUAGAUGGUCGUCUAGAGGAAGUUGAAAAGACUAUACAAGAUUUAGAACGUGAACUUAAACGAAAGGAUAUUAGAGAUGCAGAGAAGAACUAUAAGGAAAAGUUUGUGACAAUGAAGUGUACAGAUACAGCAGCAGACGACUUCAAUAAAUACUAUAAAGCUUUGGACACAGCUAUCAUGCGCUUCCAUUCAGAUAAGAUGCGUACUAUCAAUGGAAUCAUCCGGGAACUUUGGCGCAAUACUUACAAGGGCAAUGAUAUUGAUUAUGUAGAGAUAAAAACUGAUGAGACAGAAUCUCAAGGUGCAGACAAGCGAAGGACUUACCACUAUCGAGUUGUUAUGGUGAAAAAUGAUGUGGAAAUGGACAUGCGAGGAAGGUGCUCAGCAGGUCAGAAGGUUUUAGCAUCUCUAAUUAUCAGAAUGGCCCUUGCAGAAACUUUUAGUGCUAACUGUGGAAUUCUUGCUCUGGAUGAACCAACCACUAACCUAGAUCGUGAAAACAUUGAUGCACUCUCAUUUGCACUCCUUAGCAUUGCUAAUAAGAGAACACAUCAACGGAACUUCCAGCUGAUUGUUAUUACACAUGACCGAGAGUUCUUAGAGAAGCUGGCUCACGCGGACUUUAUAGAUACCUACUACAAGUUGUCUCGAGAUGAGAGGGGCUUGUCAACUGUCACUUCCUAUGAUACUACUGACUUCUGAUUCUGGAGAAAAUGUGAACUACCGAGGUGCUACAAUAACAAUGCUUGGAUGAUAGAAAGUUUCUUUUUACAUCCCUCUCUCUCUCUCUCCUUCAGGAAGGUCUGAUGUAUGUAGUCUGUAAUAAUGUGCACAUACACUUUUAAUGUUAUAGGGAACUUUUAACUUUAUACUUUUAAAUGUACUCAGAGUAUUAAUUUCAUUACAAAGUAUAGAACUUUCAAUGAGUGAUAAGUUGAGUAUUUGUGACUACCAAACAUGAAUAAACACAAUUACUAGGGUAAAUAAAUGUAUAUUUAAUUAAA